CAAAGCGCUUAACCGUCUAACCUGGCCGUUAUUCGUUCGUUUACUAAACCGACAGCGACCUUGAAAACACGAACCCCGUCCGACAUUUAGUCGACGAGAAGGGGCGAUUAUCGGGACGGGUCUGAAUCGUAACCGGGAAGGAAAAGCCGGAGAAGUGGGGAACGUUGAAUGGGUUAGUCGGAGCGGUCUGACAGCCACUGCCGUUAGUCGAGCCCGGGGGUCAAACCCGCAACCUGUCCUAAUCCCUCCAGAGCAUCCACCACCAGGGCCUGGGCAGAACCUCUUAAUGCGAUAGUAUCAUUUAUCGAAAAGGUGUUCACCUUUGGAAGGAAGUUGUGCGGUAGGAACGCUCCACGUUAGCGCAGUGCUACCUCCUCCUCGCUAAUCCCAUCACUGUCUGCUCCGCAUAUCGAGUAUGCUUUCUGGAUUGUAUCGCUCUUUCGUCUCAGCAUCGUGGAAAAAAAUGAUGGCGCCGGUUGUGAUGCUGUGGCUGGCGCUGUGCCUCAGUGGCACCUUGGCUGUGGACCGGGGAAACUUCAAGACCUGCGACCAGAGUGCCUUUUGCAAGCGUCAGAGGGCACUGCAGCCAGGCCAAUCUCCCUACCGGGCUCUUUUGGACACCAUGGAGCUGACUCACACCAAGCUCACCUUGCAGCUCAUCAAUGACAACAACAAGGUGCGCCUGCUGUUGGAGCUCUACCGUCUCCAGGGGAACAUGACCAGGGUGAAGAUUAAUGAGCUCAAACCCCUGAAGCCCCGCUACGAGGUCCCUGAUGUCCUGGUCCAGCAGCCCCUCACUGAGCCCCUGUCUCUCCUGUCCCAGGACGAGAACGGCGUGGUUCUCUCCCUGGGGGGCGAGGCCCAGCGGGUCAUCCUCAGUGCCCGGCCCUUCCGCCUGGACAUCAUGGAGGGCCACGAGCUGCUGAUGUCCCUGAACUCCCGCGGCCUGCUGGCCUUCGAGCACCUGAGGACGCGCAAGGACACUUUCUCCUAUAAAGUAACUAGCACAGUGGCUAGCGUGUGGGAUAGUAUCAAGUGGGUAUUCUCUAGAAGUCAGUCAGACUCCGAGUCAGAGAAGCCCCAGGGCACGGAUCCGGCGGACCAGGCUGAGCAGCCCAAGGCCGACGACAAGGUGGAGGAGGAGAAGGAUGAGGAGGGGAUGUGGGAGGAGACGUUCAAGUCCCACACGGACACCAAACCCAACGGUCCCUCUGCCGUCAGUCUGGACUUCUCUCUGCCAGGAGUUGAGCACGUGUACGGCAUCCCAGAACACGCAGAGACUCUUAAACUCAAAACCACAGAUGGAGGGGACCCCUAUCGGCUGUACAACCUGGAUGUGUUCCAGUACGAGCUGUUCAACCCCAUGGCCCUGUACGGGGCCGUGCCCGUCAUGCUGGCCCACAACGCCCAGAGGACCACUGGCAUCUUCUGGCUGAAUGCUGCCGAGACCUGGGUGGAUAUCAGCUCCAACACCGCUGGCAAGACGGUCUUCGGGAAGAUGCUGGACUACGUUCAGGGCUCCAACGAGACGCCCCAGACCGAUGUGCGCUGGAUCUCAGAGAGCGGCAUCAUCGACGUGUUCAUCAUGCUGGGCCCGACGCCCUACGACGUCUUCUCCCAGUACGCCUCCCUCACAGGCACCCAGGCCUUCCCGCCCCUGGCCGGCCUGGCGUACCACCAGUGCCGCUGGAACUACAACGACCAGGAGGACGUGCAGGCGGUGGACGCCGGCUUCGACCAGCACGACAUCCCCUACGACUUCAUCUGGCUGGACAUCGAGCACACCGACGGCAAGCGCUACUUCACCUGGGACCCGCACAAGUUCGCCACGCCCAAGGACAUGCUGCAGGGCCUGCUGGAGAAGAAGCGCAAGAUGGUGGCCAUCGUGGACCCUCACAUCAAGAUAGACAGCGAGUACAAGAUCCAUACGGAGAUCCGCUCCCAAGGCUUCUACAUCAAAAACAAAGACGGAGGCGACUACGAGGGCUGGUGCUGGCCCGGUAAUGCCGGCUACCCAGACUUCACCAAGCCGGAGAUGAGGGCGUGGUGGGCCAGCAUGUUUGCCUACGAUCAGUACGAGGGCUCCAUGGAGAACCUGUACACCUGGAACGACAUGAACGAGCCGUCGGUCUUCAACGGGCCCGAGGUCACCAUGCACAAGGACGCGGUGCACGGGCCCUGGGAGCACCGCGACCUGCACAACCUCUACGGCUUCUAUGUGCAAGCGGCCACGGCCGAGGGCCUCAUCCAGCGGUCCGGGGGCGUGGAGCGGCCCUUCGUCCUGACCAGGGCCUUCUUCGCUGGGUCCCAGCGCUACGGCGCUGUGUGGACUGGGGACAACGCGGCAGAGUGGGACCACCUGAAGAUCUCCAUCCCUAUGUGCCUGAGCCUCAGCCUGGUGGGCAUCUCCCUCUGUGGAGCCGACGUGGGGGGCUUCUUCAAGACCCCCAACAGCGAGCUGCUGGUGCGCUGGUACCAGACGGGGGCCUACCAGCCCUUCUUCCGGGCCCACGCCCACCUGGACACGCCCCGCCGCGAGCCCUGGCUCUUCGGCCCCGACAACACGGCGCUGAUCCGCGAGGCGGUGCGCCAGCGCUACGCCCUGCUGCCCUACUGGUACCAGCUCUUCUACCACGCCCACCGCACCGGCCACCCCGUCAUGAGACCGCUGUGGGUGGAGUACCCUCAGGACGCCGCAACCUUCGCCAUGGACGACCAGUUCCUGCUCGGGCGGGACCUGCUGGUUCAUCCCGUCACCGAGGAGGGGGCCAGGGGCGUCACCGCCUACCUGCCCGGCAAAGGAGAGGUCUGGUUUGACGUCCACACCUUCCAGAAGCACAACGGCGCCCAGGACCUCUACAUCCCCGUCACCAUGAGCUCCAUCCCGGUGUUCCAGCGUGGCGGCUCCAUCAUCCCCAGGAAGCUGCGUGUUCGCCGGUCCUCCGCCUGCAUGGAGCACGACCCCUACACCCUCUUCGUGGCCCUCAGCCAGAAGCGCAAGGCGGAAGGCGAGCUGUACCUGGACGACGGACACACCUUCAACUUUGACACCAAGGGAGAGUUCAUACACAGGAAGCUGUCCUUCUCCAACAACAUCCUGUCCUCCAGUAACUUGGCCCCGGCUGCACAUCUGUCUACCAUGUCCUGGAUCGAGAGGAUCCUCAUACUGGGGGCCAGUAAGCCCAGCAAGGUCACCCUGAAGACGGCCGGCGGCCAGGACAGCCAGCUGGAGUUUGAGUUUGACGCGUCCAUGUCGGUGCUGACGAUCCGGAAGCCCGGCAUGAAUGUCGGAGAGGACUGGAGCGUGGUGCUGAAGUAACCAUGGUGACUGAGAUGGGCGAGCGGAGGUCGCUGGAUAGACUGAAGGAUGAUAGGCACUUAAUACAAACAGACACACACACACACAGACACACAGACACGCAAAUGCGCACGUGCACACGCACACACACUCGCACGCAGACACACACACAGACAGACGCGCAAAUGCGCACACACACGCGCACCCAGACACACACUCGCACGCACACACACGCGCAGAAACACACACACGCGCACAGAGACGGAGGCGCAUACACACAGACAUACUCGCAGACGAUGAAUUAAUCUGUUUCACGAGUGCCGUUCAUUAAUAUGUGCCCAUGUACACGCAUCCAAUUAGACCACAUGUUAGUGUGACGGAGCCACAGGAGAAAGUGUCACCACCAUGUUCCUCUCCUGUCCAUUAAAACUAAUAGUUGUGUACUAAAAGGUUGCCAUUUAGAUCGGGAUGUUUUUUUCAUGUAUUUCAAUUUAUAUUUAACUUUUGAUCAUGAGGUGAUGUGUUUGGUAGUGGGCGAGAUGCUCUCAGAUAGGAUAUCUUAUGAAGGCACACAUUCCCAAGGAGCUGUUGAACUACAUGGACAUGUUUGUACUUCUCCCCUUUUAUAUUUCUUCAAAUCCAUUCCAUCCACUGAUUUUUUUUUUUCUUUUCUUUUUU